AAAUACAGUCGCGCGCGGCUCUGUCAUUGGUCUGUGUGCUGUUCAGCAGUAACUAUGAAGGGAACAUGAGGUGUCCUCUAACAACAGAACAUCAGAAGAGCAGAUUGUACCGAGGAACUUGAUGCACACCAAGUGCUCACAAGAAAGUUGUGCUUUUAACACAUGAUCUGAGCAGGAAUGGUGGGAUAUGAUCCUAGCGCCCCCGGUUCGGCUCUUACCCCGGAGGAAGCUGCCCUGGCCGGGUCAGCGGCCGGCAUGGUAACCCGUGCCCUCAUCAGCCCUCUGGAUGUCAUCAAAAUCAGGUUUCAGUUGCAGAUCGAGCAGGUGUCCUGGAGGAAUCGUCAGGGGAAGUACUGGGGUUUAUGGCAGGCCACGCGCUGCAUUCUGACCGAAGAAGGUCUUCCUGCGUUCUGGAAAGGACACGUUCCUGCCCAGCUGCUGUCUGUGUGUUACGGGGCAGUUCAGUUUGCGAGUUUCGAGGCCUUGACAGAGCUGGUCCAUAGGAAAACCCCCUAUAACAGCCAGACCCCAGGAGUCCAUUUCCUCUGUGGCGGUUUGGCCGCCUGCUCCGCCACCUUCUCCUGCCAGCCGCUGGAUACCCUGCGGACACGCUUCGCUGCCCAGGGCGAACCCAAGAUGUACCGUAACCUCAGGCAUGCCGUCGGCACAAUGUUCCGCUCCGAGGGGCCCUUCGCCUUCUACAGGGGCCUCACACCCACGCUCGUGGCCGUGUUUCCAUACGCAGGCCUGCAGUUUUUCUUUUAUAAUAUCCUGAAGAAACUUCUGGCACAGCAGGACUCCAAAUCUAAAGGAGGUUUGCACAGUCUGGUCAGUGGCAGUUGCGCCGGAGUCGUCAGUAAAACUCUCACGUAUCCUUUCGACCUGAUUAAAAAGAGACUUCAAGUGGGUGGAUUUGAACAGGCCAGGAUGAAGUUUGGACAGGUGCGCACAUAUAAUGGGUUUGUGGACUGUGUGGUGAGGAUCGGCAGAGAGGAAGGGCUCCGGGGUUAUUUUAAGGGACUCUCCCCGAGUCUCCUGAAGGCCGCUGUGUCCACGGGGUUCACCUUCUUCUGGUACGAGUUCUUCAUCAAUGCCAUUGUGAGCCUCAAGAGCAGCUAGUGAGCAAACCUCAUCGAGAGACAUUUUAGAUCAUCAGAUCCGAUGUAACUUAACUUGCGUUUUACGGUGUGUAGAUGUAUUAGGACCAGAAAUAUAUUUUUUACCUCUGACUUGCCUAAGCCUAAACUAACCAUUGUUACUCACAGACAUUAAUGUCUGUGUAUUUUGUUUGCACUGCAUCAGAGUCUAUUUUUUUAUAUAUAUAUGUGUAUACACACACAUAUAUACAUACAUACAUGCAUAACACUGGAAAUUAGAAUGUUUGAACUAUAGUUUUUUUUCUGUUUUGCAUUUCAAAACAUUUAAACCAUAUAGCAAGUAUAGUGCAUAGAAUAUUCAGUCAUCUGGUUUACAAAAAGUUUAAUUUUGUGUGUUUUAUUUCAUUGUUAAGGUUUUCAAAUGGUGAAUGGUCCAAAAAUGUUUUGGAUGAAUUAAAAAAAAUUAAUAUCAAUUUAGAUAUAUACAGAUGAAAGAAGAACAGUUUGUUUCCUCUGGCUGUUAUCCCCAUAUUUAUAUUUUUUUUUAUUGUAGGCCUACUUCCUUUCUGACAAUAAGAAAAACAAGGUUCAUAGUGGUUAUACUUUAUAUCUGUGUACUCCUGUAUAAAAACACAUUUAUUUAGGGGAAAAAAGGGGUGAAGCAACUAUUUUUGUAAUAAAAAAAUAUUUUAUUCUGGUUCUCUUUGUAUCCUGUCCUGCUUUUAUUCAAUUAUUUUGGGGGGAAAAUAAUGUUUCCUAAUAUUUAGUUAUAUUCAGUUUCAGAUCCACAAAAAAACACCUUGUCAAUGUGAAUUGAGGUGUAUAAAAAGCCUUACAUUUACUUAAAAUGUCAUUUCUACAUAAAACACACAUACUCACUGUAAAACUAUAAAAAAAAAAUAUUUUAAUUAUUUAUCUUUCAGAUUAAAUCAGCAGGGUAAACCAUAACUAUUUCUUCAUAUUUGUAUAACACUGCUGUGACUAAAUCUCAUACACUUCUAAGCAUCCCACAUCA